AUGUCGUCACAGCCAGACCCCCACAGCCCCGCCGGGCCUCCUGCGACUGCCACCCAAUUGACCCCUGGGCCCACACGCAGGGCCCGUUCCCCCAGCAAUAUUGCAGUGGGGCCCAAGCGAGCCGCCGGCAACGGACUGGUGCGGCAAUUCCUGGCCGACCUCGGAGGGGUCACGAUUGUCCCUGACGAUCUUGCAACCGAUUUCAAUGAGAUGACCAAGCACAACCAAAAUGUAGUCGUGUUGUCAACCUUGAGAGCAGUUCUCUCCAGGUUGGACUCAUUAACUCAAGCACCCACGCCCCUAACUGGUCCCCAGGCCCCCGCUGCCGUCGACCUGCCCCUGGCGGAACAGAUCCGGAGGUUCGUUUUCCUCUCGGUGGACAAGGUAGGACCCCUCGCAGUCUAA